CCGUAGAACACGCCGGCGCGCGCGCAUUCAGACCAUUCAGUACCGCCGUUACACCGGUUACGCGCGCACACGCGUGUUUUUCCCGAGACUGUAAUCUGUCGACGCACGCGAGUCCCCGCGGUUCGUGUAGUACGUUGCAAUACCCCUUCCGAUUAAUAUAUGUAUUAUUAAAGGGAGCGUUUGUGUUCGACAUUUCGCCCACCACCAUCCAUCGAGACGAGAAAAGUGAUAAAAAAAAAAAAAAAAAUUAAAUUAAAAGUAAAAAAAAAAAAAACGAAUAAUCUGCGGCGCUCGCGAUAACCGCAGCCGGCAUCUCGUGCGGAUCGCUUUGUGCGUCGUCGUAGCGUACGAUUAAUAUAACAAUCGCUUAUUAUUAUAAUAAUAUUAUUAUUAUAAAAAACGGUUUUCGUGCGAGUCUCGUAACGCGCGAUCGACUGCGUCGGCGUCGGCGGCGGUCGAGGAGAAAGUGCGCGGCGGGUCGUAUAUGUGUGCCGGCGGCCACGGCGGUCGGCCACGGCGGCAGCGGUCGGACCGAUGUCCCGAGUGUUAGUCCCGCGACGUCGUACCUGCAGCGGCAUCGGCUGUGUCGUCGGGGGUGGUGGUGGUGGCGGUAGUGGUGGUGGUGGUGGUUGUGGUGGUCGUCGUCGUCGUCGUCGCCGUCGCGCGAACGGCGGCGGCGGCGGUGCUGAUAGUGGCCGCAGCCGUCGAGACGGAUCGCGGUCCACAGGAUCGGCGAGGUGGACUAGCGAUGUCGUCGUCGCCAUCGACAGACGAAUUUCGGCGGCGCCGCGGUAGGCGCACGGGCGCGGCGGCAGUGGCGGCCGCGUACAGCGGAGACCAGCGACAGGCGACGCCGCCGUUCCCGUCCGUGUGCCGUCUGGUCGAGAAGUACACGAUGCUCAUCGAACGCCAUCGGCAGAACCAGCAGAACGGAUCGAAGGCGCCUCCUGUCCGCGGCAAGCCGUCGUCGCCGUCGUCGCCGUCGUCGUCGACCGCCGUGCCUGCGCAACCCAAGGUACUGUCCGGCUCGACGGUCAGCGACGAAGACGCGGCCGCCUGGAACCACCUGCUGAUGGACGGCGGCGGUGGUCGUACAGACAAAAACGACCGUGUGGACGGCGACGGCCGCGACGUCCACACCUACGGCUGCUACGACGACGACUACGACUACGACGACGACGACGACGGUUGUGGCCGACGGUUCAGUAGCGUGUCGUUGGGCAGCAUCCAACCCGGUAGCGACGAAGACGAAAAGCUGACGACGAACUCGGACGGCGGCUGCAGCGCGGAAAAUGCGCGGUCGCAGCUGCAAGUGGUGGUCAGCCGGUUGGAGGUCAGCAAGACCAAGGUGAAACGAAAACGGCGCAAGUCGUGGACGGGACCGGUGGGCUGGCAGGGACCCGGCGACGGGACGGGCGGCCCCAGUCGCAAGGGCCACAGCCUGGACCAGGGCUACGAGACUACACGCCACCACCACCACCACCAGCAGCAGCAGCGAGACUUCGAGGGCAGGCUGCUCCACCAACCGCCGCUGUACCGGUCGUUCAGCAACAACGCGGACGGCGACGCCGGAACGGUAUUGUUCAACGGGUACGAUCCGACCGACGGCGCGGCCCCCGUCAACGGCGGCGCCGGACGGCAGUUCCGGACCCCGUCCGUGGUGGUCAGCGACCACUCCGAGGACCCGGUGUCCUUUUCGUCCAUGUUCACGUUGGACGAUCUCGGCGAACUCGAGUACAGGCCGUCCGCGGGCGACUGCGGUUUCAACGAUUCGUCGUCGGACUGCAGCGUGGCGAGCACGUGGAGCGCCUCGGGCAGCGUCAUCAGCGUGCUGGACGCCGAUUAUUCGUUGCACACGCCCGAGCGCAAGAUAUCCGGAUGCAGCACGUGCAGCACGUUCAGCGGCGGCGAGUUUGACGACGCGGCGGCGGCGGCGGCGACAGCGGAGGCGUUCGGCCAGACCAAACCGAGGCCAAAGCAUUCCGGAUGGCGAAAGUUGAGAAACAUUGUUCAGUGGACGCCGUUCUUUCAGACCUACAAAAAACAGAGGUAUCCGUGGGUACAGCUAGCUGGACACCAAGGUAAUUUUAAAGCCGGGCCGGAACCUGGUACAAUCCUCAAGAAACUGUGUCCUAAGGAACAGUUAUGCUUCCAAGUACUGAUGAAGGACGCUCUUAGACCGUUUGUGCCCGAGUACAAGGGCCACUUGACCACCGAUGACGGAGACCUAUAUCUUCAGCUGGAAGACUUGCUGGGCGAUUUCACUUCUCCGUGUGUUAUGGAUUGCAAGAUCGGUGUCAGGACGUAUCUGGAAGAGGAACUGGCAAAAGCCAAAGAAAAACCUAAAUUGAGAAAAGACAUGUAUGAAAAAAUGAUUCAGAUUGACCCGAACGCACCGUCGGAAGAAGAACAUAGAUUAAAGGGUGUGACAAAACCGAGAUACAUGGUUUGGAGAGAGACAAUUUCGUCAACAGCCACGUUGGGCUUUCGAAUCGAGGGA